CGCCGCUGAUUGGCUCUCAGUCGUAUCCGGUGGGGCAGCGGUCCAGGGCUUGGGGAAAAAAAGAUCGAACCGAGCUCAACCUGCUAACGGUUACAGCUUUCACAUACACCAACCGUCCCGAGUCGCUGUCGAAGGGCUCGGUAGGAUUUGACUACAUCUUGUUAGAGGUCAUAGAGCAAGAUUGUGGUUUGUCGUCAUGGCUUCUGGAAGCACGAGCAGCGAAGAGGAGCGCAGCCUCAGGGAGUGCGAGCAGUACGUGCAGAAACACAACAUUCAACAGCUGCUGAAGGACUGCAUUGUCCAGCUGUGCACCUCCAGGCCCGAGCGGCCCAUGGCUUUCCUCAGGGAGUACUUUGAGCGUCUUGAGAAGGAGGAGGCGAAGCAGAUCCAGAACCAGCAGAAGGCCAGUUCGCGCUCUGACUCCCGCGACGAGGAGGUGUCCCCGCCCAUGAACCCCGUGGUGAAGGGUCGCAGGCGGCGGGGAGCCUUCAGCGCUGAGGUUUACACGGAGGAGGAUGCCGCUUCUUAUGUCAGAAAGGUCAUUCCGAAGGACUACAAGACAAUGGCGGCCUUAGCCAAAGCUAUUGAAAAGAACGUGCUCUUCUCGCACUUGGACGACAAUGAAAGGAGUGACAUCUUUGACGCUAUGUUUCCUGUCACCUACAUCGCCGGGGAGACCGUCAUUUUGCAGGGUGAUGAGGGUGACAAUUUCUACGUUAUUGACCAAGGAGAGAUGGAUGUGUACGUGAACAACGAAUGGGUCACGAGCAUCGGCGAAGGCGGCAGCUUCGGAGAGCUGGCGCUGAUAUACGGCACCCCGAGGGCCGCCACCGUCCGGGCCAAGACCAACGUCAAGCUGUGGGGCAUCGACAGAGACAGCUACAGGAGAAUACUCAUGGGAAGCACUUUGAGGAAGAGGAAGAUGUACGAGGAAUUCCUGAGGAAAGUGUCCAUUUUAGAGUCUCUGGACAAGUGGGAGCGCCUGACCGUCGCCGACGCCCUGGAGCCGGUCCAGUUUGAGGACGGCCAGAAGAUUGUGGUGCAGGGAGAACCUGGAGAUGAGUUCUUCAUCAUUUUGGAGGGUUCUGCUGCGGUGCUGCAACGUCGCUCGGAGAACGAGGAGUUUGUCGAAGUGGGAAGAUUAGGACCAUCCGACUACUUUGGUGAGAUCGCGCUGCUGAUGAACCGCCCCCGCGCCGCCACCGUGGUGGCCCGCGGCCCCCUGAAGUGCGUCAAGCUGGACCGGCCUCGCUUCGAGCGCGUGCUGGGCCCGUGCUCGGACAUCCUCAAACGCAACAUCCAACAGUACAACAGCUUCGUCUCGCUGUCGGUCUGAAGGGGCUCGACCCCGACCCCCACCCCUCCCCUCGCCCUUUUCGACUUCGGGUCCACCAACGCAAUUUGCUUUCCGCCACUUCCUUUCCUCUUUUUUCGCCCCUCCUCUCCUGAGUUCCCCGUGUUUUUCUUUCCCAGCCGCCCGGAGGUGGCUUUUAGCCGUUCACCAGCGCUUGUACCAGCCGCUGUAACGUUAACCGUGUAGGCACAGUUGCAUUCACGCCGCUUUUGUCAGCUACGCGCUGGGUUCCGCUUUGUUUUUCGGAGAACGCAAAGCCACAUUUGUUAGGAGAUCCGGGCUCUCAAAGACAGGACAAUCAGAAACCUCACAUGGGGAAUUUGUUACAGACGGAUGUUUUUCUUUUUGGAAUUUUCCCAUUAGACACGUGCAGCAGAGGCUCGCCAGCAUAGGAGAUGAUCGCACCAAAUGUCAGUCAGACCUUUUUUUUUUUUUUUUUUUUUUUUUUUUUUUUUCAGCUUCCUGAGCAGUAGAAUGAGUUGAGUUGAGUUUUAGUGUGUAGAGGCUGGUGCCAAAUGUUCAUUCCACCUGAGAUGCAAUGUUACCUUCUAUUUGGAGCAUUAGACAGGAUUUUGGUUUUCCCCUCAAACCCUUUUUUUGUGCUAAUCAGUAGAACACCUUUACUUGAAGAUUAAAAUCAGAAAAUAUAUAUAGAAAGGGUAAAAAAAAAAAAAAGCAAGUAUUGUAUAUUUCAGUAUUCCAUUCUUUUAGUAGACACCAAAUAACUUGGUCACUUGCUUUGUAAUCAAAAUGUUCUAGUUCAAUAACUAUUCUUAAAUUUAUGGUUUGGAGUGAUGGUAAUCUUAAAAAAAAAAAAAGAUAUGUUCUCUUGUCUUUUGUAAACACUUAUUUUUCCAUAAAUUCUAUUUUAGCUGUUCAGUGCCACAAAGUAAAUAAAUGCUUCUUGUCUAUUGACACAACAGUAUAUAAUUGUAUUGUGUAAUAAUGAGUUGCGAUUUUUUUUUUUUUUUGCCCCCCAUUCCCCUAACUUACAAAAUUGCGUUUUGAAAAAUAUUUCAGGACAUUCAAGGUAUUUAUGUAUUAAGAGCGAGUUAUUUAUUGAAAACUUUUUGCUUUUUUGCCAACUGGAAAACGCCGCCUGUCUUUUCCACCCGCUUGUGAUUUGUUCUCCGCGCUUAUUCGGGAUAAUGUUUGGCAUCGUCGACACGAGAACGACAAAAUUCCAUUUGUGACGUCAUGGCGAUUUGAUCACCUUCAAUCCUGCGACAUUUUUACCUGAAAAGAUAACACCACGUUUAGUCACUUCCUGUCCAUCUCGCUCCACAGGGGAAAGUUUGUCGGACGAAUGUCUCCGUGUAUAUAGCCGCAACCUCAGCAAUCGGUUUUCGAUGUUUUAGCCUCACCGUAGUCGUCCCGGUUUGCCUUAGCUGAACUUUUCCUGGGCUUACAGUAGUCGUCAGUCACCCCCGCUGGUUCCAGCGGGUAUCGGUAUGGGCCAUGAGAGGACCGUUCUUUUUCUAUUCUUCCCUGUGUUCAGUUUGACCUCCUAUAUGUGGAAAGAUGUUUAUCCUUUUUGGUAUAGAUUGUUCCAGAUGGCAGUUUAAGCAAUAAAAAAAGUAAAAACAA